AUGAGGAUGCCAAUUGCAGAGCCGUCCUGUUUAAAAAGAAGGCGAAGAACGAGACCUUCAAGACUCUUGAAUGGAGCUUCAGUGCUGUGCUUGUUCGCAGGUCUCUGUUUGCCAUGGUCAAGGCCAUUGUCAGUUCUUGGCUUUGACUUGAACUUGAAUGUGGAUGUGGAUGGGACUUCGACCUCGCAUGGGUCUAGUAAUACCCCUGGCCCAGGUGGUCCCCACCAGGGAAGUUACUUUCUGAUUCAUGGUGGUCAUCGUCCUGAAGCGCUCAAUCCUUCCAAAUUGGACGCUGCCUUUAGUACCAACUUUUCCAGAAAAGCCAUUGGAUCAGAUAAGGAUGGAUAUUUCGACUUUGGACUUGGACCACGAAACGGGACUACUGGACAGUUGCUUUUCCAUGAAAAUGAAUCUGGGAAUGCCACUAACCAGGAUCUGUCUGAUCCCAAUGCCAAUCUAUUCCAAGCCGGAGAAGGAGCGAGCGGAAGCAACUCUUCCCGAAAGGCAAUCGGCAGCAAUGCCAAUGGGCUGUCCUACGAUCCAGCCAACCAGGAUCUGUCCGAUCCCAAUGCCAAUCUUUUCCAAGAUGGAGAAGGAGCAAGCGGAAGCAACUCUUCCAAAGGAGACCAUGAUGUCCCAGAGAACGCUACAACGUCAGGGGAUGCUAAAAAGCCCGUCAUAAAUUCCAGCUUUCCAAACAAAGGAGUUCCACCAGCACCACUACCCAAGCCCAAACCUAAUGUCACCACCGCAACGGAAACGGAGCCACCUAUUCCAGAUGAGGAUACUCCUGCCAUUGGAUGGGACGACGAAGAUAAGACCAACAAGAAAAGCCCCAUCAACCCUCCAGGAACUUCCCUUCUCCACGGAAUGGGACACAUGUCCACUCACCAAAACACCCCAAGCAGUGUUACCAAGCCAGGAGGAAACAGCGUCGCUGCCAAUGUCCCGCUCAAUAUUGGAACCGGUAGUGACAUGUUCGAUUUCAGCUUUUACAAUCCUUUUGAAGUCAAGAUUGUCGGAGGAGACAUUGUCAGCAAGCAAAAGGCCAAGAGCAAGUACCCUUUCUAUGCUCUGUGGCAAGAUGCCAAUUGUGGUGGCAGUGUUGUUCACGAUGAUAUCAUUCUGACGGCGGCUCAUUGUGGCUUUGAAGAGCUGGACAAAGUCAAACAGCAAAAGACAUUCUACUUAUUGACCACCAAGCACGGGCAAGGCAUGAAACGCGAGCUUGUCGACACACGGUUGCACGAAGAAUACGGGGCAGAGUAUGGAAAUGAAAACGACUUGCGCAUUGUGCGCAUCAGAGAAUCGGCACUGGUCGAACCCUUUACGGACAAACCCACGGGGGUGGAACUCGUCGAGCUCAAUAGAGAUAGAAGAGUUCCUGAGGAUGGGUCCGAUCUCGAAAUUGUCGGAUUUGGGUUGACCGAGGAGGAUGGAACCGCCAUGUCAAAGGACUUGUACGAUGUCACUGUACAGAAAGUGCCUUGGGAGACCUGCAACGAUCAGUACGGUGAUGAUGUCAUCAUUGACAAGCUCAUGAUUUGCGCCGGAGCGGAAGGUGGUGGCAAAGAUGCUUGUCAGGGUGACAGCGGCGGUCCAGUACUCGAUAAGAAAUCGCAAAAGCAGGUUGCUGUUGUUUCAUUUGGCAAUGGCUGCGCUAAGGCGGAUUUUGCGGGAGUCAACGUUCGUCUUAGUUCUGCUCUUGGCUGGAUUGAUGAGUCUAUUUGCUGGCUGAGUCGGACCCCACCGGCAACGUGCCAUCCUUACAUUGCCAAGUGGGGGGAUUGCAUCGGAACCCUGAUUGCCGCUGACAUUGUCCUAACCGCGGGCAAUUGUGGGCAUUGGGAGACAGAUCCACUCGUAAACAAGCAAGUCUCGUUCCCAGCUAACCCCAACAUCAAACGGAAUGUCGUCGAAAGAGCGGUGCCUCCAGAGUUCAACUACUACACCAAGGACGCCGACGUACAGCUUCUGAAACUGGAAACGAGUGCCCUCGUCGACGGCAAGCGGAGACGAGAUACCGGCCUUUUCGUGGCGCCCCUUCGACGAAAUACAAAUACACCGCCGUUCGGGCUUUUCGAAGUCAGUACGCUGAAUAAUGCAAGGGUCAACGAUGAUGGUAUCUCGAACUUGCAGCAGAUUUCAUUGGAGUCUGUCACUGGUAGUGCCUGUCCUGUCCCCAAUGCUGUCGGCGACGACAAGAUGUGCACGGUUGUGGCCCCGGAUGGAGACAACCCCCAAGCACAAACAUGCAAAUCUCUCCCCGGUUCUCCCGUUCUGGACGACGACUGGAAUGUUGUGGCCGUCAACAGUUUCGGCAAGACCUGUGAUAAUCCAUCUCUUGGAGGCGCCAGUACCAAGAUCUCGUCGGUAGGGACUUGGAUCGAUGCCAAGAUCUGCGAAUGGACCGACUACAGGAAGCCAAGUGAGGUACUCUGCAAGAGGUCCGCGAUGAAAACCUCUUUCGAACAGAACGGACCGGGUGCCUUCGUCGUUACUGUGAAGCAUGACAAGUUCCCUGAAGACGUGUCUUGGCGUCUGCUUCAUGAAGCAAGUAGUACUGAGUUGUAUUUCCAGGCCUACGACAAGGCUGACGAAGCAUGUGUGACUGUCACCGAGCGUUUCGAGCACUUACCUGCGGGAACCUAUCGCUUGGACAUUAGCGAUAAAGCAAGCACAGGUUUGUGUUGUGACUACGGAUACGAAUCCAUCUCGAUCAAUAACAUGGCAGGAGAGAGUAUUUGGAAGCACAAUAAUGGCGCCGGCGAGUAUCACGCAGUGGAAGUGCAUGUCGAUGCAGAUGGUGCCGUGUCCGUCUCUGAUGACUUGGACACAUAUAUUACUCCAGGAGCCAUCACAACGCAAGGAAAUAUGCGACUGUACACUCGCGAUCCCGAGACUUUCGAUACUCUCUGGCCGGGUCUAUACCCCGAUACGAUGGGCAAAUUGGUAGUCAAUGUCAAGCUCGACAUGUUUCCGGAUGAAACAAGCUGGGACUUGGCAUUGAUAGACGGCGAUUCCGAAACGAGCAUGCUGUCGAUGAAGGGCGGAAUUGCGGGCGAGGUUUCAUCCAACCCGGUCGACUUGGUACCAGGUGGCGUGUACGGCUUCUACGUUCGCGACGCAGGUGGCGAUGGCAUUUGCUGCAAAUACCGCAACGGCUUCGUCACGCUCACCAAGAAAAUCUCCGGACAGGAGAAAAAGGUGGCUUACCGGAACAACGGAGACUUUGGAUCAGAGCUCGACGUCUACUUCCAGGUGUCUGAAGACGGAAGAACCAUUGAUAUUUGCAAAACCAAGGGGUGCCAGUAGUGAGGCCAGGCAAGCAUUCGUCUGUUGCGGCGGCUUCGGUUUGCCCCCACUGAAGAUGUCAAAUACGUACUGUACCACCUAUUUCCGGUGGACAGGCCAUGUUGUGUAAAGAUCCUGUUCCAGACGCUUCUGGAGCUAUAAGCAACUAUAGAAGAACUACAUUUGCAUGCUUGU